AAACUUCUUGCCACAGCUCAGCAGAUGCUCCAGGACAGCAAGACGAAAAUAGAAGUUAUAAGGAUGCAGAUUCUUCAGGCAGUCCAGACCAAUGAAUUGGCUUUUGAUAAUGCAAAGCCUGUGAUAAGCCCUCUUGAACUCCGAAUGGAAGAAUUACGGCAUCACUUUAGGAUAGAGUAUGCUGUAGCAGAAGGUGCAAAGAAUGUGAUGAAAUUACUUGGAUCUGGGAAGGUCACCGACAGAAAGGCACUUUCAGAAGCUCAAGCAAGAUUUAAUGAGUCAAGCCAGAAGCUGGACCUCUUGAAGUAUUCACUGGAACAGAGAUUGAAUGAACUUCCUAAAAACCAUCCCAAAAGCAGUAUUAUUAUAGAGGAGCUUUCAUUGGUCUCUUCACCCACAUUAAGUCCUCGUCAAAGUGUAAUAUCUACUCAGAACCAGUACAGUACACUGUCCAAACCAGCAGCUUUAACAGGUACCCUGGAAGUGAGGCUGAUGGGGUGCCAAGAUAUCUUGGAAAACGUCCCUGGCCGAUCCAAAGCCACCUCGAUCACGCUACCUGGUUGGAGUCCAAAUGAAGCCAGAACAUCCUUCAUUGGCAGAACCAGUAAAAUUAAAAGUGGGAGCAGCAGAAACCUUCUGAAAACUGAUGACUUGUCCAAUGAAGUCUGUGCUGUACUGAAGCUGGAUAACACUGUGGUUGGUCAAACUAGCUGGAAGCCUAUUUCCAACCAGUCCUGGGAUCAGAAAUUUACACUGGAACUAGACAGGUCACGUGAGUUGGAAAUCUCUGUUUAUUGGCGUGACUGGAGAUCUUUGUGUGCAGUAAAGUUUCUGAGGUUGGAAGAUUUCCUGGAUAACCAACGGCAUGGCAUGUGUCUCUAUCUUGAACCCCAGGGUACUCUCUUUGCAGAGGUUACGUUUUUUAAUCCAGUUAUUGAAAGAAGACCAAAGCUCCAGAGGCAGAAGAAAAUCUUUUCAAAGCAGCAAGGCAAAACAUUUCUCAGAGCUCCUCAAAUGAAUAUUAAUAUUGCCACUUGGGGAAGGCUGGUGAGAAGAGCUAUUCCUACAGUAAAUCACUCUGGCACCUUCAGCCCUCAAGCAUCAGUGCCUGCUACCGGGCCAGUGGUUGAUGCACACAUUCCUGAGCUAACACUGCCAGCCAGUGACUCUGCUGUAGCCAAGUUGGACUUUGAACUUGAGCCUGAGCCGCCACCUGCUCCACCCCGAGCAUCUUCCCUUGGGGAAAUAUGUGAGUCUUCCUCUGAGAUAAAGGCUCCUGAUGUGCCAUCUCAGGAUGAAGUAACAGCUUUUGAUUUUGAAAAUGGCAGAAACAGUAUUGUCCCAAAACUCCAGCCUGAAAUAAUCUGCGAGUCUGAUGCUCCCCGUUCAGACAUAAAAUACACCAACACCCGAGAGCCUGAAGACAGAAGAUCACAACAAAGAUUUCAGUUCAGUCUGAAGGAUUUCAGAUGUUGUGCUGUACUGGGCAGAGGACAUUUCGGAAAGGUGCUGUUGGCAGAGUACAAAAACACAAAUGAGAUGUUUGCUAUUAAAGCCUUAAAGAAAGGAGAUAUUGUCGCUCGUGAUGAAGUAGACAGCUUGAUGUGUGAAAAGCGAAUAUUUGAAACUGUGAAUAGUGUAAGACAUCCCUUCCUGGUGAACCUUUUUGCUUGUUUCCAAACCAAAGAUCACGUUUGCUUUGUAAUGGAAUAUGCUGCUGGUGGGGACCUGAUGAUGCACAUUCAUACUGAUGUCUUCUCGGAACCCAGAGCAGUAUUCUAUGCUGCAUGUGUGGUUCUUGGACUUCAGUAUUUACAUGAACACAAGAUCGUGUAUAGGGAUUUGAAGUUGGAUAACUUGUUGCUGGACACAGAAGGCUUUGUGAAAAUUGCUGACUUUGGUCUUUGCAAAGAAGGAAUGGGAUUUGGAGACAGAACAAGCACGUUCUGUGGCACACCAGAAUUUCUUGCUCCAGAGGUGCUGACAGAAACUUCCUAUACAAGAGCUGUAGACUGGUGGGGUCUUGGUGUACUUAUCUAUGAGAUGCUAGUGGGUGAGUCUCCCUUCCCUGGAGAUGAUGAAGAGGAGGUGUUUGACAGUAUUGUAAAUGAUGAAGUAAGAUAUCCACGGUUCCUGUCUACAGAGGCCAUCUCUAUAAUGAGACGGUUGCUACGAAGAAAUCCAGAGCGGCGGCUUGGAGCUGGAGAGAAAGAUGCUGAGGAUGUGAAAAAGCAUCACUUCUUCAGGCUAAUAGAUUGGAAUGCUUUACUGGCCAAGAAAGUGAAGCCUCCUUUUGUACCCACCAUUAGAGGACGAGAAGAUGUUAGCAAUUUUGAUGAUGAAUUUACCUCCGAAGCACCUAUCCUCACUCCACCUCGUGAACCCAGGAUACUUUCAGAAGAAGAGCAGGAAAUGUUCAGAGAUUUUGAUUACAUUGCUGAUUGGUGUUAACUUCUAGACACUGUGAAACCCCGGCUGACUGGCUCACAAGAAUGCCUCUCUCAGAAGAAUACCGACCCUCGAUUGCUCUCUGUGCCACCUGUAGCUUGGUUUUUUGGUUUUUUUUUUUUUAAAUCACAUGAAGAUCCUUUUAAGUACUGUUCUGACACUCUUGUGAAGAGUGGCCUCUUUGUAUAUUGUUUUUUAUCUGAGCACUGGAAAGCAGGUCUAUGGAGUUCUUGAGUUGGUGAACCCAGCUGUAUUAAGCUUCCCACACAUGGGGACACGUGGGGUCUGCACCGCUUCUCUCACAGCAGAUCACAUCACUUCUUUAAAGUGUCUGCCUUAAGUGGGGAAAGCAGACUCUGAGCUAGGUGAUCACUGGUCUCUGCUCAGCCACACCGAGAUAGAAGUUUGGGAUCCUGAAUGACACACACAACAU